AUGGCGCGCCGGACGGGACACGCGAGCGAGGGAGAGAACUCCGCCCACGCUGACGGCUUUGUCCGGAGGCGAACCCCUCCUCCGCAAAGCGCGAGGCUGGCCACACACCCGUUCAUCGUGGCGGCCAAACCGGUGAGCAUCUUGCGCGAGCUCAUCACCGAGGCUAUGGCGAUGAAGCCGAAACGCAACGAGCCUCUGCAAGCCGACCAGGUCGCAGACUCGGACAACUCGGCCGAGGAAGAAGACGAUGACGACGACGAAGACGACGACGAUGACGACGUUGGCCGCACAAUGGUGCGCACGGCGGUCAAGGGCGGUGUCAUGGACGCGGGCGGUGCCACUCCGAGGAAGGUGGUCACUGGGGCGGGCACGGCCACCGCGACGGCUGCCGCUCGAUCAGACGCGGAGCACGGGGCCGGGCUGCUGAGCAGCGAGCUCAACACGAUGGUGAUCAACAACGAGCAGGAGGAGGAGGAGGGGGACGAGGCAGCGGGGGGGCAACACGGCCGGACUGGCUGCGGCCAUCACGGCCGCGAGGCCGGGCCAGAGCAAACCCUGCGACCGUGCUGCCUGCAGUACGCGGAGCGCGCCGAACCGGACGGGGACCCCGGCGGAGGCCUCAACGGCCGCGAGGGCCACUACGGCGCCGCCGACGCGUGGAGGCCCCCCCUGGACGCCUGCUUUGACUUCUUGAGGAACCUGAGCCUGGAGGAGCUGCACAUGAGACUGGGUGCUCUCGACCCCCUGAUGGAGCACGACCUGGAGCAGCUGCGCCGACGCUACCAGGCCAAGCGGCAGCCCAUCCUGGACGCCAUCGACGGGAAAAAGCGACGCCAACAGAACUUUUGAGCGGAGCCUGCCGGUCUGCAGGGUGAAGUUCUCAGCCACGCGGGGCGUUGUGAUCGAGCCAUGACAUCGGACAGCCGACUACAACAACAACAAGAAUCACCGAUCAGAGAUGUCGCCACCCCCCCCCCCCCCCAUCAAUUGUAUUUGGAAGCAAAGCAAGCACGUGGCGUCAUGUAUUUGCCCGCCACAUGUGGGUCGUUGCGGAUUGCGAAAAGAUGUUUGAAUUCGUAGCGAUGCGACUCGGUCGAACCGGCACAGCCAGCUACAGAGUGGAUCGGGAAUUCAUCUUGGAAAUGUCGAUGAAUUGGCACUGGGUGUAUUGGCAAUCUAGUCAUUGGCAAUCGAUGUAUUGGCAAUACUUAGAUCGAGUCGUCGUGUAACCCACCCACCCCCCACCCGCCUUUAUUUGAUUGGCUUCACAUCAGCAGGGAUCGGUGAUUGUGUCGUAGUCGGCUCUAAUUGCACCACAUUGCCCCGCGUCGCCCAUUCGUAAAGAAGCUAAAGUUGAAACGGCGUCGAGUUUUUGUUGUUUUUGUUGUUGUUGUUGUUGUCAUUGCUACGGCGCGUGCUGCACCGCAUAAACAACAACAUUGUCGUCCUGUUUUAUUUGCUUCGUUCAAAACGCAACAAAAGUAGCAUUGCCAGAGGCGCAGGGCGGCCCCGAGCAAAACGCCGCGGUCGACGUGGCACUGGUGGGUUGAUGCUCUUUUUUUUUGUCCGACCGGUAUCGUGAUGAUUUAAGGGCUGUUUGAUGUUCGUCAUUAUAAUCGCGGUCCGCCGAGGGGCGCUGCGGGCUAAAGGAAGUUUGCACGAGGCCGUGGUCAACUUUGGAGCAGCUUUUGUGUCCGAGCGUGGUUUUUCUUUAAGUUUGAAAAAAGUUAACCUCGCCGCGCUUGGACUGACCGAGUUCGAACCACGUGGUCUUGGUCAUAAUGAAUUCCUACAUGGCACGCGUUUUAUUUACGUAUAGGACAAUGUGGAUAAGAUUAAUAAUUAAACUUGAUUAUUGUGUAUUUAUAUAGGUGAGUAACACACCCAGGUUAAUUUUAAGAUAUUCCUUUUUUUAUGUCUGCAUAUGUUUCAAUCCAAAAGUUUCCCUUUCCUUGCCGAGAUCCCCUCUCCCAGACUUUCUGGAUUUGGGCCAUCCAGGAGAGAAAGUGAGGGCGGAUGCGGGGGCUCAGACCCUGCCUGUCGAUGCUUUACUGACGAUCGCCGACUUGGGCUGUCGUUGAUUUUAAUGGCUCGGUUAACGCAACAAGCGCGUUGCAAAAACCGAAGCAAGCACAACAUUUGAAGCUUGCAACAGAGUUACAAAAGUUGGGCAGGAUGCACCGUUUAAUUUCAGCUUUGUGGACCACGGCGUUACACAAAUGUCCAGCCUGUUGGGUGAAGGUUACCCCCCCCCUCCUACUCCGUGUUAGCGAAACAAUCUGGGAGGCAUUUGAUCUCUGCAGAUCAUGGAGCAUCGAUCUGCACUCUGAAUUUGGAGGCUACUACACACUCAAGGGGGCAGGUUGCCAAACUUGGCUGGAAAAUGGCUAGGGGCCAACUUUGCGAAAGUCUGAAAAAUUAUUUUGCAUAAAAUUGGUGACCCAACCCAAAGUAUUUCCAUAUCGCAAUCAACAAAAUAGUAUUCAUAUCGCAAUCUGUAAUUUUAUAAUCGGUAUAUCGUUGGUGAAGAGGGGGGGGUGGUGGUGGUGAGGUUACAGAGUGGUGGCAGAGUGGUGAGCACGCUGCACUAUGAACCCAUUGAGCUGGAUUCAAUGUCCAGCCAACGGGUAACACGAGAGGGCAAGUUGAUACCUGAAUCUGUGCCUCUUUCACCAACUCGCACUGACCGGCAGGGUGACGGAUGGUUGAAGCAAACCACGUGGUUGUCACGGCGUGGGGAGGCCUUCAUCCAGCAGUGGAUUGACCAAAGGGCUUGCGUAGUAUUAUAGUUGUAUCGUUGUAAAGGUGACGGAUGUGUGACGUCACCUGAGAGAAUACGUUUCUUUCGGUUGAAUACGUCGAAGGCUUUCACGACCAAUGUUAUCUAUAGAGGUUUUUUAGGGGCGGUUAGAUCGCGUAAUUCUAGAUGUGUCUUUAAACCCGCCACCGCCCGACAAAGCCAAUUAGUUUAGUUUCUUACGUGAACACAACAUGACAAUUCGUCACUAGUACAGCAACACCGGUUGUGCAUUGCAGAGUAAACCCACAACAUUUACAAUUCGAGUGUGACGGAAGAAAACAAGCGGCAGCAUGUACAAGCACGGUGUACAUGCAUGUUGUAUGUUGGUUACCCUACGAAUAACCCAACCGGUAAUGGGUAUCUAUUGUAAUUCAUAUGCACACAUUGACCCCUCCCCUCUGGCCUUCGCAUCUGAUUGGCUUGCAAGUGACGUCAUCACAUCUAUCCCUCUAUUUAAGAAGGAAACGGAUUGCUCCACAACUCUGGCUGCCGCCUGAUGAUGCUAGUUGUAAUUACCGGCGAAACGUCGCACUCGAAUUGUAAACGUUGUGGGUUUACUCUCCAACACACCGGUGAGCUGCACUUGUAACGAAUUGGCACGCUUCGUUUACACGACAUACUACUAAUUGGCUGUGUCGGGUGGUGACGGGUUUAACGACACAUUCAUAUUUUACGUGAUCUAACCCAAAAACACUCUUAUGGACGUUUCUUUCAACUGCCAGGAUAAAUCAGCGUAAUCUGUAACUUUACAUAUGUUAAGAUAACUUUACCUUAUCGUGUUACCAAAUUAUUUAUUUAUAGAGUUCACUUUACAAAUGCGAGUAUGGUUUAAUAUGUGUACGUGUGUUAAUGCUUCCGAAUCACAUGCACUUUAAAUAUGUAUGCAUAUUUACGCGUUUGCCACUUUAAGGGUUUGUUUUUUUAUUAUAAUAGUCGGGGUAUCCAGUGAAACUGAAACGCUUUGAUUUUAAUGUGUAAACAGAAGUGCCAAUUUGGAGGUCACUUCAAUGCUCCUUGGAAUGAUUAAUUAGAUACUUAAUUUAUUUCCUGAUUUACAACGUCAGCCUCAUAAAACAUGGCGGCCAUCACGUCCCCAUGAUUCAUCCGCGCACGACACGGCUGAGCAGCACUGGCAUUUCGACAGAACACACACACACCCAUUAUAUACGCCUGUGACCAAGGCCACCCAGAACGCUCCACGAUCUCGCAAGCUAAGCAGGCGCGAGCCUGGACAAUGGCUUCAAUGUGUGACCAGCGUGCUCGCAUCGCAGGAGUUAUAGGCUGCUGUGGGCAGCAGCAGCAGAGGGCAGUGCAGCAAUAUUCAUGGUUCCUCAAUCCUCCCACCUUAAACACCCCGGCGUUGUGAAGCAUCCAUACUCUUUGGUUCUUUGGGUAAAGUCACGUAGGUGAAAACAUAUAAUCGAAAAUAAUAAAACAAAAAUAAAAAGUAUUCUUCUUUUUUAUUUUUUAUUACAUUUUUCCACCUACGUGACUUUACCGAAAGAACCAAAGAGUAUGGAUCCUUGCAGUCACGAAAACUUCAAAUCUAGAAUGGUGAAGUAUCGUCAACAUAUAUUCCUCACGGCCAACAAAGCGUGGUGAAGUUUCCCAUCCAGCAGUGGACUGACACAACGGGGGGUUGUACGUAUGCACUGUACCGUGCACUGGUCACUGGAAGUGGGGGGGGGGGGGUGCCAGCUUUCUAUCAGCUUUAGCGGCGCGCCCUUCCAAAAUAACCACGGGCAAUUUCUAUUCUUAAAAGUUGCCAUGUUUUCAAAUCAUCCACCUCAAUAACCUCCAGAUACAAACUUUCGUAAGCCUCCGUUCAGAAGUGAAUGACUUUGUAACUUUUUGUAUUUAAAGAUUUUUUUGUUCAAGUAAUGAAUAUUUCAUAUUUUUUCUAACCAAAUUUCAGCACCAUAAACCUAGACCAUCAUAAUGUACAUGAAUCCCUCAGUCAUUCACUCGUAGCCCUCUGUACAUAUUACACAAUGUGUACUGUCACCUUCAUUCAGUUUAAAAUGGCCACAGGUCAGAGGAGUUGAAACCCACGGGGACAUUUCCCCCCACCCAGAAUGACCCAAAGCAACAUGGCCGACGAAUCAGGGCACCAAGCUCCACUGAGUGUCAGCUCUCCCUCAGCGGGGUCAUGCAAUGGGGACGUUUGACCUUUAGAGAGGGUUUUGGCCGCGUGCGAGAGAAAACCAGGGCGCGCGGAGAAAACCUACCGUCCCUACCACUCAUCACUGCCAUCUCCUGGCUACCUCACAGCACCAUGGCCGAGAACAUCUGACAAACCCCGGUGGCCUCCCAUACAAGCACUAGCCAAGCUCAAUCCGGCAUAGGUCGAGGCUUGACACAAGCUCGAUUUGGCCAGCGACAAAACCACAAUCGUAGCCACUGCUGCCAGAGGGCACGGCUGUCGAGAAUGUGCAGGUGGUACAAUUGCACUGGGGCAUAUAGUGGACUCAUGGGCACAUUCGAGCAUCAGACGUGCGCUACAAACGUCUGUCUGUUUUUCUUUCACUGUGCCCACACGUACAUUACGCGUAUGCACCCACACACGCUUGUAUUAUUCAUAAUACUAUUCGUAGCUUGAAAACAAAUAGCGUUGGUCGGAUGCAUGCAAUGUGAUAUCAAGUGUCAAAUGUAGUGUUAGAAUUCAUAUACAGCCUGUCACAGAUUGUUUUUUUUCUGUUCAAAUCGUCGUUACGGAGAGACGUUUACUAUUGUUAGCUUAAUUUAUACGAGCUAAUUUGUGGAUUUUUACUGAUUUUUUUAAAGCAGUUGCCCUGGUGUUGCGUCCUACCAAGGAGCAUUUCAGUAACUGGGUUUCCAAUAAGCUGUGCGAACUUACUCGGCGUAUUCCAGACAAGAUGUAUUUAAAUAGAUUGAGUAAACUCAGAAGGGAAUUGUUGGCCUUGAAUGACCACUUCUGGCGUCAUCUGUUUUGACAGUGAUGUCAUGAUUACAACCGUCUGUGAUUGGAUGGAACUCAUUCACGUGUAUGUCAUUUAAAAUGUAAACCCAUUCGCUGGGUGGGUCCUCGAUCAAUGUAAAAUAUAAUACGCAUUUUUUUGGUUUGUCCCGCUUACAGGUAAGAAUUAUUUUUCAAAUAGACAAGUACAUUUUUAUCCAUCUCCAUCCUAUAAAUGAGAUUUCUCCCCCCCCCCCCCGAAAACAACUUGAAUUCGAAUAAACGGAACUUACGUGGAAAGACCAAGUGAAUUGGAAACCCGGUAAAUAUUGCAUGGUUUUAUUAUCGUGGACAGGUGUAACACGGUGUGCAAUCUUUCUUAUUGGGUUUGUACGUGAAUACGUGGGCUUUUAAAGUACGUCAGUUGGCGACAAUUUUGCCCGGCUUUUUUGACCGAUGUGAUGGAUUGUAUCGCACUUCUGCAAUAAUAAUAAUAUCAAUAAUAAUUAAAACACUAACUGUGACAAUGUAACACGUGAAA